AAGAAAUUAACAUGGAUAUGGCAGAUGAAAUAAUGAAAGAAUAUUUUGAUUUUGCAGCUUUUUAUAAUAGUCAAGAAGAAAGAAAUAUGAACUUACAAGAAUCUAUCACUACUAGUGAUAAAUAG